AUGUCUGACAACGAGGAAGUGGAUCAGUAUGAGGCCCAGGAGGAGAUAGUAGAAGUAGAAGUAGCUCCUGAGGCGGAGGCACAGGUAGAGCCAGAGCCUGAGCCAGAGGUAGAGACUGAACCAGAGCCACAACCAGAGCCUGAGGAGGAGGUGGAGGAGGAGGUGGAAGAGGAAAAGCCAAAGUUCAAGCCUAGUGCACCUAAAAUACCCGAUGGCGAGAAAGUGGACUUCGAUGACAUCCAGAAGAAGCGUCAGAACAAGGACCUGAUUGAGCUGCAGGGUUUGAUUGAUGCUCACUUCGAGUGCAGGAAGAAGGAGGAGGAGGAGCUCAUUGGCCUCAAAAUGAGAAUUGAGAAGCGUCGAGCGGAGCGAGCUGAGCAGCAGAGGAUCCGUGCUGACAGGGACAAAGAACGCCAAGCCAAGCGUGAGGCGGAGAGGCAGAGAAAGGAGGAGGCAGACGCUCAGAGAAAGGCUGACGAUGAGGCCAAGAAGAAGUCGGCCCUGACCAACAUGGGCUCCGGCUAUGGCAGCCACCUUCAGAAGGCUGAGGGAAGGAGAGGGAAGAAGCAGACCGAAAGAGAGAAGAAGAAGAAGAUCCUGGCAGAGAGAUGCCAACCCCUCAACAUUGACAAUUUCAGCGAUGACAAGUUGAGAGAAAAGGCUAAGGAGCUGUGGGAGGCAUUUCACAACCUGGAAUCGGACAAGUAUGACGACCUCGAGAGACUCAAGAGGCAGAGAUAUGAGGUCAUCUCUCUCAGGAACCGUAUUGACGAGCUGCAGAAACACAGCAAGAAGGGAGCCCACGCCCGCCGCAGGAAGUAGGAAGUAGUAGUCCUCUUCAGCUGCAGUCCGAGCCGAGGACAGUCCAACACCCUGGACAUCUUAAUGUCUGUUUUUACCUCUGUGUUCGUCACCAUCGAACCCCUGUAUUCUGGUAUAUGGUAUUUAAGGCAUUUUGUAAAUAUCUAAUGUGACGUUCCAGCUUCCUUGUUACUUUGCAGCACAAUAAAAUCCCUCCUC